AUGAAGGGUUUUCAGGGUCUCACUAUUUGGCAGAAAUUACAAUUAUUCUACCAAGGGAUUCUGGGAAAUGGAGAUAAGAGGACAGACAAUUGGCUGUUGGUCUACUCUCCGUUGCCAAUCAGCUUCAUCUUUCUGUGCUACCUGCUCAUUAUAUGGGUGGGGCCAAAGCUGAUGGAGAAGAGGCAGCCAGUCAACCUUAAACCCAUCCUUAUGGUUUACAACUGUGCCAUGGUCUGCCUGUCUGCAUACAUGUUCUAUGAGUUUACAGCCUCUUCCUGGUUGGCCAAAUACAGUCUGCUGUGCCAGCCAGUGGACUACAGUGACAGCCCACUGGCCAUGAGGAUGGCCAGAGUGUGCUGGUGGUUCUACUUCUCCAAAGUUAUAGAGCUCAGUGACACUAUAUUUUUCAUCCUGAGGAAGAAGAACAGUCAGCUGACCUUCCUCCACGUCUACCAUCACGCCACUAUGAUCUUCAACUGGUGGGCUGGGGUUAAAUAUGUGGCUGGUGGCCAGUCUUUCCUGAUUGGUCUGAUCAACUCCCUGGUCCAUGUACUGAUGUAUCUGUACUACGCAUUGGCAGCUUUUGGACCGAGCAUGUCCAAGUACCUCUGGUGGAAGCGCUACCUCACCUCCCUGCAGCUGCUCCAGUUUUUCAUAGUAACCAUCCACACCACCUACAACCUGUUUGCUGACUGUGACUUCCCUGACUCCAUGAACAUUGUUGUGUUUGCCUACUCCCUCAGCCUCAUUGCUCUCUUCAGUAACUUCUACUACAACAGCUACCUCGCCAAGACAAAGACCAAGAAGACAUGA